CUUCGCAACGUCAUUGCGUCAAAAUACAGGAAGUGGAUGUUGCUUGUUUUUAUUUCCUCGGAGGAAUUUCGUCGAAGUAACAAGAGAGGUUCCAGCGCGAUCGCACAAUGGCGCACUGGUUCCACCGGAAUCCCUUGAAAGCGACGGCGCCCGUCUCCUUCAACUUCUACGGAGUGGCUUCAAGUCCGGCUGCCAACAAGAUAUGCAAUGACUUGAGGGCUACAAGAGCAAGACUUUUGGAGAUGUUCACAGACCUCACUUGCAAUCCUGAAAUGAUGAAAAAUGCAACUGAUGCAUACUUUGCCCUUUUACAAGGAUUUAUUGUUUCGUUGGAUGGAACCACACAAGAAAACAAGAUGCGAUUUAUUCAGAAUUUCAAAUGGACAGACACUUUACAAGGAAACGCAGCAAGUGCCCAGCAAGAUGCUGUCUUUGAGCUGGUUUCAAUGGCUUUUAAUGUUGCAGUAUGGUACACUAAGUUUGCUUCAAGACUAGCAGGAAAAGAAAACAUAACAGAGGCUGAAGCAAAAGAAGUUCAUAAAAGCCUGAAAAUUGCAGCUGGAAUAUUCAAACAUCUAAAGGAGGCCCACAUUCCUCGACUCAUAACUGCAGUUGAGAAAGGCAGAGAUUUGGAGGCCCGAGUUAUCGACACAUAUAUUGUCCAGUGCCAAGCAGAAGCUCAGGAAGUCACUAUUGCAAGAGCUAUAGAGCUGAAGCAUAAUGCCACUAUAGUAGCUGCCCUGGCAUUUGAGACAGCAAACUUCUAUCAAAAAGCUGAUCACACUCUCAAUACUCUAGAACCCGACUACAGCAGCAAGUGGAGGAAGUACUUGCAGUUAAAACAGCACUUUUAUAUGGCCUAUGCAUACUGUUACCAUGGACAGACUCUUCUCUCAAGUGACAAGUGUGGAGAAGCUAUCCGCUCUCUGCAGGAAGCAGAAAAGUGCUACUCCAAAGCUGAGGCCCUGUGCAAAGAAUACCGGCAGACAAAGGGCCCUGGCAGCACAGCGAAGCCUUCAGAGCAGCUUUUCUUUCUGAAGCUUGGUGGCUUGAUCAAGAACACCCUGGAGAAGUGCCAGCGGGAGAAUGGUUUCAUAUAUUUCCACAAGAUUCCCGCUGAUGCCCCUCAACUGGAACUGAAAGCCAGCUAUGGAUUAGCAGAGCCAGUUUCCUUUGAGUUCCCUGCGUUGAGUGAACAGUGGAGCCCUGGAGUGUAUGCCACCUUUGACCUCACCAAGGGGGCCAAAGAUGACAAGGCUAAGCCAAAGCAGGAAGAAGAAGUGAAACCAGUGAAGGAACCAGAUCUGAAACCUCAGAAGGAUACAGGCUGUGUCGUUUCCUAAACACAGGGGAGACCUGCACAGCCAUAGACAAACAUAUGUGCUGUAAAUAUUCCACAUAAUUGUGACUGCAUUCCUGUUCAUACUGAGUAAAUUCACAUAUGCAAGCCUUUACAGUUGAGUCUCUUUGAAUGAUCUUGUAGGUGUUGUAGAUUCAGGUAAUAUCUUGGAUUCUUAACGUUCUCGUAUGUUUACAUUUAUCCAUUUAGCAGACGCUUUUCUCUAAAGAGACUUACGUCUCUGAGAACAAUACAAAAAGUGCAUUACAUCAACAGGAGGGAUUUGAAUGUAGGUAUGUGAUUCGUGAGUACAGUCAUGUAGGAAAGUAAAUUUGAACCUCUAGAAAAAAACUGAUUUGAAGGUUUUAAAAUACAAUACAAAUAAGAUACAUAUAAGAGAAAUAAGUGAAUAUUUCAGAAUAGGAAGAAUACAUUUUUAUUUAUAGUUUAGGAAAUAAUUAUACAGAAUCAAAUGAUGUUUACUACAAUCAGCUGCUGGUAAAGUUUAUAUUUGUUACUUUGCUGCCUAUCUUAAUCAUUAUUUUCAGUAAUUUCAUCAUUUUGAAGACCUUUAUAACAAUCUGACUGCUAGAUUUUAACUAUUAAAGAUUCUGCAGCCUUUUAUUGGAAUGUUAAUGAAAUGAAAUGUUGCAGUCAACUCCCUUUGAUUAAUAAUGAAGCGAAAACCUCAUUAAAAUGACGUUUUGUAAGCAUAUGUUUUUGAAUAUAAAUAUAACACGUAAAAACUAUUUACUUAAAAUUAAUAUUUGUGUUUCUAGUUGCUGUUGUCAACUUUAUCAGGAAGAUCCGGAAGGAGCAGAACUUAUUUUACAGUAUUCAUACCAGUUCAUUCCUAGGCUCUGAAUGACUAAACAUCCUAUGGUGUAGUACCUUUGAUGUGUACUCGUGAACCAAGAGACAUAUGACAUGGGCUGUAAGCACUGGGCAUGUUCAGAGUAUGUAUAUAUUGUACCAGUGAUUCAUGAUUUCACAUUUCCUGCAGUUUAGAGUGAACCCACACUGUGCUUUUUUCAAUAUGGUUUGUCAUUAUUGAAUGUGUUGUGCAAAAGACCCAACAGCUAUCAGCCUGGAGGCAGUACCCUCAAGACACAAAAAAAAAGACAGUGGUUUCAUGGAUGAUAUUGAACUAGUAUUCAAUACAGCUUCUGUAGUUGCUGAUUUAAACAAUAAAUCAAACUUACAAUAUCAUUUCUUACUAUAUGCAUAUUUUCUCUGUAAUAUAUGUCCUUAAAGUUUGUACACUACUACAUUUAUAUGCAAUCUCAUCUUCCAGAUAUAACAUAAAGCUCUGGAACUACUUAUGAAAAAGGAAUUGAAAAGUGCAUUAAUUGAGCUGUGUUGAUCUUAGAAUGCUGGUUUUCAAAUCUGCGUUACUUUUCAGAACUGAGGAUUUCUGAUGUUCACAGCUGAAAGCAUGUGAACAUUUCAGUUUAUUAUUGCACUUUAUGAAAUAAAAAAGCAUGCAGUUUUGUUUGCAAAACUCGAUGUUUGUUUAUAUAUAUAAAAUAUUUAAAGCCUUCUGCAUAUCUCCCUGUUAUGUGUUUGUCUCUGUCCUUUGUCUUUGAUGGACCCAUACAACUAUUUUAUUUUGCUCCUCAAAUCAAUCAUCCCAUUGAUAACUGCUUCAUUUCUUUUACCAGUUCUUGAUCCAGGACUGUUUCCCCCCCCCCCCCCC